UCUGUCCGGCACCUGUUGAGCGGCCAGUCUCUCACACAAAGCGAGAAAGCGCAGAAGAGCCACUUUUAUGGAAUACAGCACAACUCCAACCCGAGUGGAAGAUGACGUCUUUUCACGCACACUUUUGAGCCAGAGCACCUCUUUGAUCCCUGGAUUAUUUUAUUAAUCAUUGUAGUUAGUUUUUAAAACAUGUUUACCCUUUUUUGAUCACUUUGCGUUCUGUCUGGUUUUUUAAUCACAUCUUUUUAAACAAUUUUUUAUUACUAUAUAUAUUGACAUUUUGGGCAAAGUUUUUCACAUUCCUCCAAGCGAAUUGAUGGUGAAGAUUAUGCGGAUACUAGCGCGCGUCCGAGCGCCGAAGCAGCACCGGUGCCCCUGCUGAUCCCCGAGUCCCCCCAGUCCCCCGGAAGCCUCUGCCACACCACCACUCCAACUCAUCCAAAUGAUCCCUCCAUCAUUCCUCAUCCUUCUCGCGUGGCUUCUGCAACCAAGUGGCUCAGAGGCUCAGUCAAGUCAUGUCAGCAAAUUUCACCCUCCAGGCGGCAAGGAGCAGAACGGGGACCGCCAUUUUGGCCAAUACCGUCCUCUGCUGUUGACUGACAUUGACGUCACAACUGCCCUCAGGCUCGCAUUGCGAAUGUCACGUGACCUAAACCAGAAAACGGGAGUGCAGGAGUCCCAUCAGGAGAAGGUGAUCGCAGUGUCUGGUGAAGGGACGAUCCAUAGCCCGGAUUUCCCUCACAUUUAUCCCAGGAACAUUGUGAUGGUGUGGAGACUGGUGGCGGCGAGCAACAUGAGGAUUCAGCUUUUCUUUGACGAGCGGUUCGGCUUGGAAGACCCCGAGGACGGAAUAUGCAAAUACGACUUUGUGGAGCUGGAGGAUCCGAGCGACGGGAGCAUCCUGGGCCGCUGGUGCGGGUCGCAAGCGGCCCCCGCGGCCCACCUCUCCAAAGGCAAUCGGGUCCGCGUACGCUUCGUUUCGGACGAGUACUUCCCAUCCGAGCCGGGCUUUCUCAUCCGCUACGCCAUCCAGCCGGCGAUUCCAGCAGAAGCCGAAUCUCCGGACCUGCAGGAGCUGUCUGCGGCUGUGUCAGGCCUGCGGACGGUGGAAGAGGUGAUGAAAUACUUGGAGCCCGAGCGCUGGCGGCUGGACAUGGACGAUUUAUAUAAACCUACGUGGCACGUUCUUGGCAAAUCCUUCAUCCAUAACAAGAAAGUCAGGGGAGGAGCGGACCUCAACCUGCUUUGGGAGGAAGCUCAGCUGUACAGCUGCACGCCGCGCAACCUUUCCGUGUCACUGCGUGAGGAGCUCAAGCGGACCGACGCCAUUUUCUGGCCCAGCUGCCUUCUGGUGAGGCGUUGCGGCGGGAACUGCGCCUGCUGUGCAAACCGUUGCUACGACUGCCAGUGCCAGCCCGCCCGCGUCACCAAGAAGUACCACGAGGUUCUGCUGCUGAAGCACCGCAGCGGAGGCCGAGGCCUGCAGAAGUCCAUGACCGACGUGGCCUUGGAGCACCAUGAGGAGUGCACGUGCGUGUGCAAGGACGCCGAUAACGCCAACAAUAGCACACCCGUCGGACACGAUUAACGCCAAAUUGGACAAGGAAAGUAAAACCAAGAUGGGGACGGGUUCAAUCUCCGGAACGUCGUGGAAUAAAUACUGAGACUACAAAUUCCACCCGACUAUCUGGAGUGUUCGAAGACAAUUUGAGAUAAGGACUUGCCUAUUCUUCACCUUUUUGGGGGCUGAUAGUGUCAUGGAAAAUGGGAGCUUCUUUUGUUCAAGUGCUUUUGCUACACUUGCCCCUCCAAAAGUAUUGAAACCCCUUUAUUAUUGCGUACACUGCCUUGACAAUUGGAUUUGACAUCAGCAUUUUUUUAUAUUAGAUAAAAAGUAAAUAAAUGAAAACGCCACGACUGGAGUGGAUAUAAAAAGGUGACACACCCCUGUUCACACAAAUUUAAAAACUAGACAAAUAAUUUUAAAACCUUUUCUACCAAUAAUGUGACUCCAGAAAAGCAGUGAAGUACAAAAAAUGUGGUUGCACAUGUGUGCACAACCUCUUAUAACUGGAGAUGUGGUUGUGUUUGGAAUUGGACAAUUGUUGCCUCUGAUAAAUGCGAAUGAAGUUUGGAUGUUCUAGAAGGCGCGUUCUGAUAAUGGAGUGAAGGAAAAGCCUACUAGAACAACUGAACUUUAAAUGAGAUCAAUGAGCAGUUCUUUAAGUGGCAGUGACUCCCAUUUAACGUGAGUUUGAAUGUGAUCAGCUAAUUCUGAGUGGAGCAACUGUUAUGAGUGUGGACACGUGUGCAGACAUUUUUUUCCCCUCAGUCGAGUAUUAUAGGUUUUUAAUUUUAAAUUAACACAAUUUGGAUAUUUGUCUUUUAUUAUGUAAAUAUUUUUUUUAAAAAUUGUAAAAUAGAAUUGGAUAAAGAACACAGCCCGAUGGUUCCAAUACUUUUGGUGGGUUUUGAUAAUCCAAAAGCCUCCUUCGUGUGUAAAUAUUCCAUUUGCAAUUCUUUUCCUUGCUGAGGUGCCUUUUUUCCUACCAAAGAGACUGUGGUUGCUUCAUCUGAGUCACUUACACAUUUCAAGUAUUUAUUUCCUUGGCAAAAAAGACAUUUAACAUUUAAUGUCAUUGUACAGAUAGAUUUGCCUCCAUUUUCUGCCUGUAUAAUUAUUUUAACGUGUUUUUCAUUCACUCAUGUUCAGUUAUUUAUCUACUGUCUCCUCUCCCUCUACAACUGUUAUUUUAUUGUACUGAAAUUCUGAAAUAAAGUCUUUCAUUUCUUA